AUGUCAAGAUAUAGUUCGGGAAGUGGGUCCAGUUCCUCCAAGGGUUUGGAAAGUUCAAAUUUGCUCACGGUUACACCGAGAAGUUACGGAUCUUUGUUGCCCUACUACGAGUUUAUCAAAGCCAUCUCUCGGUCACAACAGAUACAGACGCUGCAUCGUUCGGAGUCCAUGGUAUCAUUGUGUUUCAAAUCACUAACAAAUUUUAUCAACGAUGACAACAUACAAGGACUGCAGUCAUUUCUUGAAAAUAAACAAGUACAAGUUGAUGAUAAAGAUGAGAAUGGGUCCACCGCACUUAUGGUUGCAGCAACUAAAGGCCGAUCCGCAAUGGUGCGUGAACUACUCAUACAUGGUGCUGACCCCAACAUAGAAGACAAUGAUUGUUGGACGGCUCUGUUAUGUGCGUGUAAAGAAGGACAUAUUGAUAUAGUGAUCCAGCUAUUGGAGCAUAAUGCUGCAAUUGAUCAUAGAGAUAUGGGCGGCUGGACGCCGCUGAUGUGGGCCACGUACAAGGGCCGCACUGACGUGGCUCUCCUUCUCGUCGACCGCGGCGCCGAGGUGAACGCGCACGGCAACUUCCACGUAUCGUCGCUGCUGUGGGCGGCGGGCAGAGGCCACGCGCGCAUCGUCGAGGCGCUGCUGCAGCACUCGGCCAAGGUCAACUUCGGCGACAAGUACGGCACCACCGCGCUGGUGUGGGCCAGCCGCAAGGGGUACACGGAGAUCGUCGAGAUGCUGCUGAGGGCAGGUGCUAAUGUGGAUACAGCCGGUAUGUACUCCUGGACUGCCCUCAUCGUCGCCACUUACGGAAACCACGUGGACGUAGUCAAUGUCCUUCUCGACCACAAGCCGAACGUCAAUGCUCUGGACAAAGACGGUUGCAGUCCGUUGAUGAUCGCUUGUAAGGAGGGGUAUUACGAGAUUACUACUGCUCUAAUGACUGCGGGAGCUUAUAUAAAUAUUCAAGAUCGAGCAGGCGAUACCAACCUGAUUCAUGCGGUCAAAGGAGGUCAUAGAGGUGUAGUGGAAACCCUUCUGAAAAAGUACGCCGACGUAGAUAUCCCAGGCAAAGAUCGCAAAACUGCAAUAUACAUGGCAGUCGAAAAGGGGAACGCCAAUAUAGUCAGGAUGCUCUUGACGUGCAAUCCGGAUCUGGAACUGGCGACAAAAGAUGGCGAUACUCCUCUUCUCAAGGCCGUCAGGUCUCGAAACGCAGAAAUCGUCCAAAUACUUCUUGACAAAAAAGCUAAAGUAUCUGCUGCUGAUAAAAAAGGAGAUACAGGACUGCAUAUAGCGAUGAGGGCCAGAUCUAAAGCAAUAGUAGAAAUUCUCUUGAGGAAUCCCAAGAACAGUCAGUUGUUGUACAGACCAAAUAGGGCUGGAGAAACACCUUACAAUAUUGAUAUGAACAAUCAGAAAACGAUAUUGGGUCAAAUAUUCGGAGCAAGAAGAUUGAACACAAAUGAAGAUAACGAAAAUAUGUUAGGUUAUGACUUGUAUAGUAGCGCCCUAGCUGAUAUUUUAAGUGAACCGUCCUUAUCGAUGCCGAUUACUGUGGGAUUGUAUGCAAAAUGGGGAAGUGGAAAAUCGUUUCUGUUGAACAAAUUGAGAGAUGAAAUGAAGAAUUUUGCCCGCGAAUGGGUCGAUCCAGUCUUCCAAUUCACCGUCCUCCUUUUCCUCAUCCUCCUCCACAUCGCUAUCAUCAUCGGUGCCGUCAUAGGGAUGUCAGUGCAAUCGUGGAUAGUGGGAUCCAGCAUAAGCAUCGCAUUUCUCCUACUCUUGUACAUAACCUUAUCGUUGAUUUGGUUCGCGAGCAAAAGGUACGACUGGGACUGGGCGUACAAUUUCAAUAUCAGGUUGACGAGGAGGAUGAACAAUCUGAGGUUGGUGCUGCAGAUUUUGUUCUGUCAUCCGCCUGGGACAUCACAUGAGAGAACAGGAGCACAACCAAUAAGAUUUUUCUUCACUGAUCAAACUAGAGUGAGUAGUACGACUGGAGGAGAAAACUCGGUAGUUCAAAUGAUCGGUUCAUUGUAUGAUGCAAUCGAAAAUCAAUAUGGAUCUCUUGCUACUAGAUUGUAUAGAGCUUUCAAACCUAGACCAGUGAAAAGUUCUGCAACCUGGACUUGGAGGAGGGUGUGUUGUUUGCCAUAUAUUCUCUUUUUCGAAAUGACUUUUUUAAUGAUAAUAAUUGGAACGUGUGCCUUGUCCGUAUAUCUUUUCCAUAUUCAAUCUGAAGAUGUUGGAAAUGAUGAUAUAACUGGCUUUACAUUGAAGAUUAUAUUGAUAGUUGCUGCCUUGUUGUUGGGUAUUGCCACUAUAGCUAAUAUGUAUACGUGGAGUAGAAUGCUGGUAGCUUUGCUGUUUUCUCAGAGGAGGCAUUUGCAAAGGUCGAUUGCGAAGCUGGAAACUCUGAAGUCGGAGGGAUUCUUGCAAACUUUGAGACAAGAGGUUAACUUAAUGCAAGAUAUGGUGAAAUGUCUCGACAGUCUAAGCUCCCAACAGACAAGGCUUGUAGUUAUAGUAGAUGGGCUUGACAGUUGUGAGCAAGAUAAGGUGCUGUUGGUGUUAGAUACUGUACAUAUGUUGUUUUCUGAUGCAAAUAAUCCUUUCAUUGUGAUAUUAGCGAUAGAUCCUCAUGUUAUUGCCAAGGCUGUAGAAAUAAAUACUAGAAGGCUAUUCAGCGAGAACAAUAUUGGCGGGCACAAUUACUUAAGUAAUAUGGUACAUUUGCCGUUUUACUUACAAAACUCCGGAUUGAGAAAGGUGAAGGUUGCGCAACAAUCUGCCAUGGCGCAUUGGAAACAAAAAGGGAAUUGGACGGAGAAUGAAGAGAAUCUCAACAGUUUCUUGGCAAGAUCGUCAUCAAGUAGAAGAUUAUCCAACGAGAAAGCUUUGAUGUCUAGUCAAGAGAACCUAGGCAAAUUCCAGAGUAGAAAAGGAUCUCGGAAAUUGAAAUUAUCCGAGUCUGUAGCAAGCUCAAUAGGAUCAAAUUUGAAUAGGAUAGGUGGUGCUCAAGAUUUAACCAAAAUGUUACUAUCAGAUGAUUAUUUUAGUGAUGUUAACCCUCGUUCAAUGAGAAGACUGAUGAAUGUUGUGUACGUUACAGGCCGAUUACUUAAAGCAUUCCAAAUCGAUUUCAAUUGGUAUCGCUUAGCCUCUUGGAUAAAUAUAACAGAACAAUGGCCUUUUCGAACGUCAUGGAUAAUUUAUCAUUAUGAUUUAUUCGAAGAAUCAUUGGAUGAUAACACUUCUCUUAAAUCUAUUUAUGAUAAGAUUCGGCCAAAUAUACCAAUCGUGAAAGAUAUUGAACCACUCCUAGAAUUAGAUAGAGAUGAGAAGAAGUUCGAUAUUUUUCUUAGUUUUCACCGUUCAAGUUUGUUGGUGAGCGAUCUCAAGAUAUUUCUACCAUUUACAAUAAACCUGGAUCCUUAUUUGAAGAAAGUUAUCAAAGAAGAAACUCAGUGCGUAGAAGACGGUUAUCAGAACAGCAAUACGAGAAAUUCAAAUUCCAUGCCACAAGGCAUCCAGUCUAUGAACAACUGGAGCAAUAAUAUGGAUUGGAAUACUCCCAGAUCGACAACUGUUACUAGACGGUAUCGUUCAAUGCCCAAAUCGGGCAGCUCAAAUCAAAACGAACCAUCGUCACAUGUGAUCUAUCCACAAGUGACAACCACGUUGUCAGGCUGGCAACAGUGGGGGGGAGUGCAAUAUCAGCCACAUGUUCCUAUGGCACCAGUCACCAUGCUGGAGCCAGAAAUAUUUGACAUAAAACUAUCGACUCUCAACGUUGAAGGGGUCUGUACUCUUUUAUCCAAUAUCGACGAUUUGACUCUGGAUGCUUUGGCCGAAUACAUAAAAAAAAUCAAAGAACAGAAUAUAAAUGGGCGGGUGCUUCUACACUGUGAUUUGGAGGAAUUGAAAAAAUUACUCGGAAUGUCUUUUGGUGAUUGGGAGAUGUUCAAAGUUCUGUUGAUCAGUUUGAGGGAGAAUGAAAUAACCAGCAUUUUGAGACAGGACGAAGUGAGACCAGUUAGAGAGAAUAGGGUUUCCUCGAAACCUGAAAGAAGAAGUAGUGUAAACAAGGGUAGUGGAACAAGUGAAAAAGAUGUUGGAAAGAUGCAAAUUGAUGGUCCUCAGAGAAAGCAAAGUAUUAUUGAGAAACAGGUGACUCUGGAGGAACAGAUGAUCUGUGGUGCCCUCCAGACUCUAAACGAAGAAGCUUGCGAGGAUGUCCUAGAAGAAACGGAAGAAACGAAUGUAACCAUCGAUCCUGACGUCCCACAAACGUCGGUCAUACCUCCCAGUCCUGAAAGCAAUCAAGAUGCGCCGCGAGGCUAUCGCUCUCGCACCAACAGCUCGAGUGGCGCAGUAGGCGAGACCGAUUUUGUUUUGUUGCAAUCCUCGCCUGUAGGUCACAUGCACUGGCAGCCUGUCAGCAUAGGCGUUGGCCAUUCUGAGAGUCUGAGCGAUCAGAGUUCGAGGUGCAGCUCUCAGCCCCCCUCACCAAUUCCAGAAAGAAAAUUGUCCACCUCUAGCAGCAAGCAUUCCAACCUAAAAUCUGCAGAUGUACCGAGUAAAGGUCGACAUGUCAUAAUAAAAACCGACUAUUCGGACCCAACACCUCGUAUAAGCAUCAGUACGAACACUUCAACAGUUUCAUACGAGCCCCAAAUGUCGAACAAAACCCCUCUGCUACACGAAUACAAACACACAUCAUCACAGACAAAAUCCAGACCAAGUUCUUUGAAUUUAUCGAAACCUGAGUCGAAACCACUCAGACCAUCAUUACGUACAAGAUCCAGGUCAAUAGAUAAUAGCCAGAAGGAGGAAAAGAAGGACAAAGAGAAGCGAGGCUUUGUGAAGUUACACAAAUACAAAGAAAAACUCCUCCACUCGAGCCCAGAAUUAAACGAAACCAGUGAUAACGAAAGCACUCCCUUGGUGUCGGAAGUGUCGACACCCACAAAAUCAGGUCAAAGUUCAGAAAUCAGAACGUUAAGCUCCCGCAGUUUCCCGAUAUCUCCAAAUUCGCAAAACAGCUUGUCGCCUGAGAUUGUUCCGAAUAGGUACACUAGAAGCGAGAUGAAUUUGACUGACACGACGGGAGUCAGUCCUACUGCCACUUUACUCGACAAUGUGUUCACCGAAAAUCAACCUGCAGAUCGCAGUCAUGGAGACACUCCAGAAGAACAUGGGGAAAGAAAGCGGACCAUGUCUGAUGACAUCAGCAGUUCCGUUUUGGCCUAUUUGGGUUCGCUCGAACGUAGCAAUAGCAAUUUCAGCAUUCAUAGUUGUUCACAAAGCUCGGGGCGAUUGUCUAGGCAAAAUGCAUUUGAUUCUACUGAUAAUUUGACAGAUAUUUAUUGUGAUCCGGGUAGUAAGAAUGAGUGA